AUGUCGAAUGCUGAGGAACUUCUGCGGGACUUUGAAGAUGACGACGAGGACCUCCAGGAGGGCGGCGAAGCCAUCGACGAAGAUGUGGACGAGGAGCAGCAGCACCAACAGCAGCAGUCCGCACCGGAGGUCACUAACGAGUUUGAAGUCGCCAUUUCGACGGGCGACGAGCUGACACGACUACACAAAGUCCUGCGCGAUCACUAUUCGAUCCGAUUUCCCGAGCUAGAAACCCUGAUCACGAAUCCCAUCGACUACGCCAAGACCGUUGCCAUCUUGAAAAAUGGCCCGCUCAACGACAUUAAAGGCCUGUCCACGUCGGCCGACAACCCGGUCGGCGCCCCGCUGAAGUCCAUCCUGGACGGCCCGUCACUGAUGGUCGUCGCCGUUGAGGGUACAACCACCCGCGGCCGGGAGAUGACCGACGCCGAGCUGAAGAUUGUGAUGGACACCUGCGAGCGGAUUCUGAAGCUCGACCGCGAGCGCACGGCACUCACACAGAGCAUCCAGUCGCGCAUGAGCCAGAUCGCGCCGAACCUGGCCGCGCUGAUCGGUCCCGAGACGGCCGCCCAGUUCCUCAACCAGACGGGUGGGCUGCGCGAGCUGGCGAAGAUCCCCGCAUGCAACCUCGCGGCGCAGGGAUCGAAGCGAACGGAGGGGCUCGGCUUUGCUACGAAUAUCGGAAUCCGCUCGCAGGGCUUCCUCUACAACUCGCCGAUCAUCCAGGAGAUCCCCAACGACCUGAAGAGACAGGCGAUGCGCAUUGUCGCGGCGAAGAUGGUCCUCGCCACCCGCGCAGACGUCUCCAAGUACAGCCCCGAUGGCUCGCUGGGCGAAGAGCUGAAACAAGAGUGCUUCCAGCGGCUGGAGAAGCUGACCGAGCCGGCCCCCAACGCGGGUGUCAAGGCGUUGCCCGCCCCCGAUGACAAGCCGUCCCGGAAGCGCGGUGGUCGCCGCGCCAGAAAGGCGAAGGAGGCUGUGGCCAUGACGGAGCUCCGCAAGGCCCAGAAUCGCGUUGCGUUUGGCAAGGAGGAAGCGGAGGUUGGAUACGGUACGGGCGAGGGAACCGUCGGCCUGGGCAUGCUGGGUCAACAGAACGAUGGGCGGAUUCGCGCGACGCAGAUCGAUCAGCGGACUCGCGCCAAACUCUCCAAGAACAACAAGGGCUGGGGUACCGCUACGCCUGUCAGCGGGACAGCGUCGUCUCUGCGCGGAUUCGGCCAGGGUAUGUCUGGCACGGCGAGUGUACUGCAGGCUAAAGGGCUGCGCACGUCUGGCGUCGGCAAUCUGGGCAGCAGCGCUGGAACGGCUAGUACUAUUGCGUUUACGCCGGUACAGGGACUGGAGCUCGUGGACCCCAAGGUACAGGCGGAGCUGAAUCGGAAGCGCAAGGCCGAGGAAGAUCGGUGGUUCAAGUCCGGCACGUUUACGCAGGUUGGUGGCAACCAGAGCUCUACCAAUACGACAUCGCAGACCGACAGUGCUGGGUUCAAGGUCCCGGCCUUGCCUCCGAAAAAGAAGGUCGACACGGGAGAGGGCAAGAUGGGUCCGCCUCCGCGUCCGUAA